AUGUUCCACCUGCUGCUGCUGCUGCUCGCCGGGCUCGGGGGCUCGCCGGCGUCAGGCCCCGGAUCUCAAAAUUCAUUUCUACAAAUCAUAGUACCAGAGAAAAUCAGAGGAAAUGACAGUGAUGACGCGGAAGCACAAUCUGAACAGAUAUCCUAUUUCAUUCCAAUCAAUGAGACAAGGUAUACCGUGCACCUUAAGCGAAGGUAUUUUCUAGCAGAUGAUUUUAUCAUUUAUAUGUAUAAUCAAGGAUCGAUGGAGUCUUUUUCUUCAGAUAAACAGACUCACUGCUACUAUCAGGGAUAUGUUGAAGGAUAUCCAAAUUCCAUUGUCAUACUCAGCACGUGCUCUGGACUGAGAGGCAUACUGCAGUUUGAAAAUGUCUCUUAUGGAAUUGAGCCUCUGGAAUCAGUAGUUGAGUCUCCAUAUCUUGUUUAUAAAUUAGGGAAUGAAAACAAGGAAUUUUCAAGUUUCAACAAUGAUUCCGAAGACACAGGAAAACACCCCAUGGACUACAAUAUUUAUAUAGAUGAAAAUCUGGAACCACCUGUUUUGGAUGUAUUUCCUCUUUAUUUAGAAAUGAACAUCGUGGUGGACAAAGCUUUGUAUGAAUACCUGGGUUCUGAUACCAUGAUAGUAACAAAUACAGUCAUCAAAGUUAUUGGCCUUGUAAACACAAUGUUUAUCCGUAUUAAAGUUUCUGUUGUCUUGUCAUCGUUGGAGUUGUGGUCAGAUGGCAAUAAGAUAUCUACUACUGGUGAGGCAGAUGAAUUACUGCAUGCAUUUUUAAAAUGGAAACAUACUUAUCUUGCCUCAAGGCCUCAUGAUGUUGCCUAUCUAUUCAUCUAUAGGGAUUAUCCAGCUUAUGUGGGUGCGGUGUUUCCUGCAAAGAUAUGUAAUGCAGAUUAUUCUGCAGGAAUCGCAGUGUAUUCUAAGGAGAUAACCUUGGAGGCCUUCUCAGUUAUUGUCACCCAGAUGCUGGGACUCAGUCUGGGGAUCUCAUACGACGACCCUGAGAACUGUCACUGCCCAGGAGCCAUCUGUGUAAUGAAUCCAGAAGCUGUGACAUCCAGUGGUGCAAAGACCUUUAGUAGCUGCAGUUUGAGUGACUUGAGAAGUUUCAUUUCAAGUGAGGGUGCCAGAUGUCUGCGGAAUAAACCACAAAUGCAGAGACACAGACCAAGGUGCGGCAAUGGCAAAGUAGAGACCGGUGAAGUCUGUGAUUGUGGGACUGAGCAACAAUGCGGACCUGACAGUUGUUGCAAUCAUCAAACUUGCAGACUGAAGGAUGGAUUGCAGUGUGAGUCAGGAGAUUGCUGCUUCCAGUGCCAUUUUAGGGGGGUUGAUUACCUGUGCCGGCCUCAGGCACACCCUGAGUGUGAUCUCCCCGAGUACUGCAGUGGAACAGCAGCAAACUGUCCACCCGACAUAACUUUGCACAAUGGAAAUCCAUGCCUAAAUGGCAAGCGAAUUUGUCACGGAGGAAGGUGCUACAACGGUGAUGGACACUGUGAGUCAAUAUUUGGAGAAGGUUCAAAAACUGCUCCAUUUGCCUGCUAUGAUGAAAUACAUUCCCACACUGAUAGAUUCGGCCACUGUGGUAAAGAGAGGAACAACGCCUUAAGAGCCUGUAAUUGGAGGAAUGCCAUGUGCGGACGACUAGUUUGUACUUACCCUUCUAAAACUCCUUUUUAUCUAGAAAAUGCUUCUGUGAUUUAUGCUUUUGUAGGAGAUGACGUAUGUGUCACUAUAGACUACAGUGCUCUUGGCUUACCUUCAGAUCCACUGCAGAUCAGAAAUGGCUUUAUAUGUGAUGACCAGCGGAUUUGUGUAAACCAAAUAUGUGUAGAACUAAGACCUGUGAAGAAUGCAUCGCAACAUUGUGCACGAAAGUGCCAUGGACACGGAGUGUGCACUUCUCUGAAUCAAUGUCAUUGUUCUGAAGGCUACCUACCUCCCAACUGUGAAAGGCGUGCAAGAGGGUUGCCUGCACUUUUUGAGAGAAAGGGCAAGUACAUAUCUCUUUGGAUAGUCAUUAAAUGA